AGUUUGGGGUUCUUAACUCAUGAUUUGAUUUUUUUCUUUUUACAUUUUUCGACGGUUCUUAUAUCUCUUAUUUAAGAGACAGUUCUUAGAUUUUCUUAAUUAAAAGUUAAGAAACAGUUAUUAGCCGAAACUGAAGCUAAGAACUCGGGUUAAUCAUGGUCUUAAGUUUCCUCUUGCGCUCAUCUUGCUUUUUCUUUAUAUUUGUUUUUUUUUGGGUAAUUAUUCUUUUAUAUUUGUUAUCAUUUUAUUGUUCAUCUUUUUUCUUUUAAAAGACAAAAGGCAAAGUAAGCAAUGAGUGUGCCUUGUGCAAUAGCGUUUCGUGUUUAUUUUCAUAUAACAUAAAGUAUCAGUGCAGAGCUCCAUUAUUCUAGACAAUUGUAAUCAUAAUUCCAACUUUUACGUCGUAUGUUCUGUAAUUUUAAUACUGGUUAUACUUAUACUUAAACACACACAUGUAUAUGUGACUUCUAAUGGUAAAUUGUUAUUUAAGUCUAGACUAGAAUCUACACCAAAUCAACUAGAAGUUAGUUGAUUAUUGACUUUUAGUGGAUAACUAAAUUAUUUUCUUGUUUACAUUUCAAAAUUUCUGUUCUGGAUUGGAGACUAAAAAAUAUUAAUUUAAAUCUUAGUUACAAAAAGAUUGUUAAACUAAUCUUCUUUCCAUAGUCAGUGUUUUACUUGUUGAUAUCGAAUAUUAUUCUGCGACAUUUCAGCUAAGCUCGAUCCAAAUUAGAAGUAACUAGAAGAAUAUAAAGUUACUUAAACAUGUUUUUGCAUAUCAUAAUCUUUUCGAUUAUAGAAUAAAACAUGUUAAAACAGUAUUCUUUCCAUUUUACAUUCUAACUUUUGAAUAUUAUUUUGCUACGUUUCCAUCAAACCUUUAUUUAUUUUUGUAUAUUUUGUCAAAAAAUAUCUUAUUUUUUUCUAAGUUUUUGCUAAUUUAUUUUAUAAUUUCUUAUAUACUCAAAUAGGCAAAAUGUAUGGUAAUACUGUAUGUUGUCUAUUUUUCUUUAAAGAAUAUUUAACUGCAAGUCUUUAGCCAAAUUCAAAUUUAGAAACUAAGCAAUUUUUGAGGAUCUUGACACUUUACAACACAUGUUUACUUUUGAAUUUGAUUUCUUAAAUUAAGCUCUAAAAAUAGAAUCAAAUAAAUACUUUCCGUAAUUAUCUCCAAUAAAAUUUAAAUAUUGAUACCGUAAAAUAAACAUCACACCAUCGUCUUCUUUAGUGAUUUCACCAUCUUCCACCACCAACUUACCUAGACAGCUCCUUUGAUCCUUUCCACCUAUUAUCUCUCUAACUUUUUCUCUUUUGUAUUCUCCGACAAAACAUAACACACAAGAAACCUAGACAAGAGGGUUGAAACUAAAACAACAUCGACGCCAUUAUGGGUUCCUCUGCUUCUAAAACCACUUCUUCUUCUUCGUGUUGCUCGGCGUCAACUUCACCUCCGGUGACGAAACUCAACUCCAAGGUCCCAUCGCCGUCGUCGCCUACGAGGGUUCCUAAAGCUUUCUCAUUUCCGAUGCCGUCGGUUCAUCAUCUACCGGCUAAAGAAGGCGACACGCACCACCUUGUCUCUCUCAUGUCCACCACUUACGGUUCUCUUCACAUCACCGAUCUCGACGGAGCCUCCGACAGACAAACAAUGCCUCAUAUCUCCGUGUCCGGGAAUAACAAUAACAAGAAGAUACCUGAACCAGAGGAGUCACGCGACUCGUUAUCUCCUGACUCGGUGAUUAACACAUGGGAGCUCAUGAACGACCUUGACGACGACUAUUUGGAUAACGGUAACGAUUCGGUUCUAUCUUUCUCUGAACUCACCGCGGAUCAUGACGUUGGUGUUAAUGGGUCUGCCCUGAAACCGGACGACUCUUACGAGUUCGUGAGAAUGGAAGAAUAUGAGGAAGAUUGGAUACCACUGCCUUCUAAAACUAAGCAGCCUCUGUGGAAGCAUUUGGCUGAAGAAUCGUUUCUCUCUGAUUUAGAUCCUAACAUCAUCUCAUCUUACAAGAGAGCAUUGUCUUCAAAACAACUAGGCAAAGACACGAGACAAACCAGUUUACUAGAAUCUGCACGUUUGAGUUCUAGGUCUUUGGAAGAGCAAGAGAAACCAAGACUGUCUGAAGCAGAGAAGGAUGAGAACAAGAUAGUAUUAUACUUCACUAGCCUCAGAGGAAUUCGAAAGACUUAUGAGGAUUGCUGUUACGUAAGGACGGUAUUGAGAGGGUAUCAGGUUGCGGUAGAGGAACGUGACAUCUCAAUGGACUCCAAAUACAGGAAAGAGCUUCAGAUUGCACUAGGAGAAGAGAAACCGGUUUGUUUGCCUCAGGUGUUCGUAAGAGGAGUUCACAUUGGUGGCAUGGAGGAGAUCAAGAAACUCAACGAUGGAGGUGAACUGGGAGAGAUGUUAAAAGGGCUUCCUGUUUGUGAAUCACUGGGAGCUUGUGAAUGCUGUGGAGAUGCAAGGUUUGUGCCGUGUACUAGUUGUGGCGGUAGCACCAAAGUGUUUGAGGAACAAGAAGAUGCGUUUAAGAGAUGCAACGGAUGCAAUGAGAAUGGAUUGGUACGUUGUAAGAAAUGUUGUCUCUAGUGAGUGGGUUCGGUUGAUGUGAAGAGAAGACAAAACAUUUAGGGAUAUGCUUGUGAGUUUAGAUAUGUUUUGGUUGGUUGUGUUCUUUGUACAUUGAUAUAGUAAAUGACUUAAAGGCUCAUUGAUAUCCUUUUAGGCCACAAUUGUUUUCUUCACAUUGAUGUUUGUAUUUUCUUCAGCUUGGUUCUUGAUUAACUUUGGUUUCAUCUAUGUCUUGAAAUAGCAAAUGCGUUUGGUAA